GAGCAUGUUGGCGUGCCAUAACUUCUGGCAUUGGGCCGUUUAUCACAUCGAAAGGGGCGAACACACGGCAGCGCUAGACGUGUUUGACUCUCAGAUUGCGUCGCGGGUAAGAACUAGUGGGGCCAUGCUGGAUAUCGUCGACGCCUGUUCCAUGCUGUACCGACUGGAAAUGGAAGGUGUUCGUGUCGGACAGGAACGAUGGGAAGACGUCGCCGAAAUAUGUCGGCCGUACGCCGACGACCACAUGCUGGUGUUCAACGACUGCCAUCUAUUGAUGUCGUUUCUCGGCGCGAAGAAGAGCGGCUACGCCGAGAGGCUAAUGAGCUCCGUGGAACGUUUAUCGAGGAAGGCGCGGGAACUCAGUGCAAGUUAUUCCAGGCAGUUGGGCAAGCAAUGCUGCGAGGCAUGGUGGCGUGCGAUGAGGGCCGUUACAGUGAGGCUGUUAACAUCCUAAACCCACACAGAUACAGCAUCAUCGAUAUAGGAGGUAGCAACGCUCAGAGAGACGUGUUCAAUCAACUUCUUAUACACGCCGCAAUGAAGUCAGAUCUUUCAGAACAUCAGCGACUAGCGAGGUUGCUGUUGAUAGAACGGAAGGCGUACAAGCCUGACUCGCCGAUGACAGACCGGUUGAUGGCGCGUGCCAUGGCCUCACACGCAGAGUAAAUGUCUUCUCCUCUAAUAAACCUGCAGUAGACCUAUUCGCAUGGCGUGACUGAGAGACAAGGCAAGCCAAUCAUCGUGUGGCGAGGCAUCCUAAAAGGCAAUGUUUGGCUACAAAGUGUCGCAAGUCGACGUUUCUUUGUGUGCACGCCUACGUAUAGAACACAUAAUCGGGUCUAGCUUAACUGACUUAGCUUAGACCUAACAAUAUCUACCAUAAUACACGAAGGCGUGGGUAUCUCGCUCGAUCAGACAGACAUUUUUGGUUCAGAGUUUUCGUUAAUUGGAAGGAUCUAUUAUUUUUUAAAUACGAUCUAGCUUGCUUAAUAUUGAUUGUGAUUCCACUUGUAGCAAACGAAUUAUUUUGAGUGUUGCCGUGGAAUAACUAGAUGCACAUGCGAGAGUACAUCGUAAUGUACGUGGAGAAUAAAUUCUAUUUGUAAAUAGAUUUACUAAACAAUUUUAUGCUGAGGAAUCCAAUUUUAUUGAUUUUCUAAACCAGAUUACAAUGGAUUAUGACAUACAAUGGUAACCACGUACAAGUGCGACGUUUUGAAAUCUAUAACGUAGAUGUAUAAUUAAGACCGUCCAUUUGUCUAGCCGACGUCGGCAUUGCGUCACGAUAUACAUGGAUUCAUUCAAAAUAUUAUUUUGCAUUUUUUGAAAUAAUUUAUGGCGUGAAUGCUCUUGCACGUUAGCACACCCUCGGCGUUUUAGUUAUUACACGCAGAACCGCAAUCAAGUACGCACGUACGUACGUAACCACGUACACGCACGCACGCAAACACACACACGCACAAGCACAAGCACACACGCACGCACAAGCACUCCCGCACGCACAUUCACACGGAAAAGCUUAAGACUAUUAUAUUUUCAGCGUAUAUAUCUUAAACAGUGAGUUGAUUACUCCCGGCAUUGAUUUUAAAGUGUUCGAGAGUGCACGACAUUUUUUAUAGUUUACUACGACAAUUAAACUGGAAUUUAACUACAUGAGUUGUAACUUCUGUACUACACUGGAGAUACCUGCUCUACCUGCAAAUGUAGAGCAGUUCCAAUAAUGUGUACACAUCAUGUGAUAAUUAUAUUCGAAUAAAUCAGAUUGGAUUGUGUUGGAUUGGAUU